CAUUCUCUCAUUCCCUCACUCUCUCUCUCUCUCUCUGCAAUUUCCACAGCACACAUUCCAACCUCUCUGCUUCACAAUCUCUCUCUCUCUCUCUCUCUCUCUCUCUCUACACGACGCUGACUCCAAAGGUACAGUCUCUCUCUCUAGAGCACAGCACGCAACCCUCUAUCUCUCUGCUUCAAAAUCUCUCUCUCUCCCGCUCUCUCUCUACAGGCUUCCUCUAAGCAGUCCGAAUCAGAUUUUCUUGAGUAUGGGUGUAUGGAUGUGCUUUGCCUUUAUUUCCAUCUUGGCUAUUCUGACUUCCAAAGCGGUGGCGUUCACUGAUGGGCGUGACGUCACGGCUGUUGAAGAUUUUUACAAGGCUCUUAAUGGCCCUCCGCAGCUGAAGGGAUGGAGAUUGGAUAGUGGGGAUCCUUGUGGUGAAUCAUGGGCUGGACUGUCAUGUUCUGGGUCAUCUAUAAUACACCUUAAACUUCAGGGGCUGAACCUCUCCGGGUAUCUUAGUGCCCAGCUCUAUAAUAUGCUCAACCUGAAGACACUGGAUGUUAGUUCCAAUUACAUAGUGGGUGAAAUUCCAUAUGUCUUACCCCAAAAUGCCACUCAUAUGAAUCUAAGCCACAAUUUGUUAUCUGGACCUGUUGGCAAUGUAUUUACCAGCCUACAGAACUUAAGAGAACUGGAUUUGUCAUACAAUAACUUGACUGGAAGCCUCACAAGUUCAUUUGGAUCCUUGACAAACCUCACUGGAUUGUUCCUGCAGAAUAACAACUUUACUGGAUCAGUUGAUUAUCUAGCUGUGCUACUUCCACAAACAGAUAUGAACAUUGAAAACAACAGUGUUGAUCCAUUUCUUAUCAAGCAGGUCAGUUUUUCUAGUAUUUUACAAGAUGAACACAAGAGUAAGAUACAUCUUGCUCUUGUGUUCAUCCUGUUUAUUGGGGUUGGCCUAGUGUUGGCUAGCAAACCCAAUAAUACUGGGAAAGGGAAAAGGAAACUGGAUGAAGAAGAGUUAAAACCAUUAAGUGAGAGGUUUACCAAAAGAGUAAUCCUUGUGAUCGAGGACCAGAAGGCCAAGGAGACUGUCAUAGAGGAGGAGGAGGAGGAGCCUAAAGUGAAGGAUAAGAGGAGGAAGAAAGCCCCCUCACCGCCAAAGGUCAAAGUCCCCGCCCACGAACCGGAUCCAACAACUGAUCCAGAAGAUCUUUGAGUGAAAGACUUAGCUUACUAAGUGUAGUUAUGCAAUGAAAUAAUGCAUUGAACUUCAUUGUUUGGUGGUUCUGGUUCAUCGAAUCAUAACAAUCUUUGAAGCUGUUUUUCCUUAAUAAAUGGAUUUAGCCAGUUAAGUAGUUUAAAUCUGUUGCUUGGGCUAAUGAAUCCGCUUCUUAUGUUGAAUCCGCUUCUUAUGUUGAAUGACCAAAAUAAGCAUAAUGGGAAAGUGCUAA